AUGGGGGUCGUUGUCGCAGUUUUCUUUUUGUUUUCCGUGGCAGUGGCAUUCACACUAAAUAAGAAUCUCGCCCAGGAAGAUCCGAACUCUCUCGCCGAAGAAUAUGGGUUAUUGAACGACGAAGACGAAAAUAAGCUGGGUUUAUUAGAUGACGAAAACGAUGAACCGGGUUUGUCUGAUGACGAAGACGAAUUUGAGCCGGGUUUAUCAGAUCACAAGGAAGAAAAUGAAGCUGGUUUAUUGAACUACAUGCAAAAUAAAGAGGUUAGGACAGUUGUAUGUCUUGAGUCACUGGCCCCGACGCAAAGCAUUGUAGCUUUUGGAGAAAUAUAUAACAAAUGUCCGAAUACCCGGGGGGGAGGGUGGAGGCCUUCACUAAGGCUGUGGUAUAUUAGAUACUUGGCAUAGCUCGAAGGCUUGUAACCUACAGGAAGCAUACUGUCACAGGUUUAUUAAGGUCAACAUUCUUAUCUCCUUCACGUGUUUUGACCACAUGUUCAGUAUCGUGUGCGUGGUAGCUAAAGAUUAUAAUUGGGUUGCUGAUAAUAUCAAAUGCUUUUUUUCGUAGAGUACAGAUAUGUAGAUAGAUAUUCGAUCCAUUCGUCUACCAAAAGAAAAUGCAUAAUUUUUUAUGGGCUGGUCCGAAAAUAUGGAACAUGUGCCAGAAUUUCCAAAAAAAGUUUUAGACAGCCAAAAUUGAAACAGCCUUUUUUGAUUUUAGCAAGAAAGUAAUGAUCAUCUUGUUUUCAUCCAGAUCAUCAAAGAAUAGAAUAAGCCUUAGUCAGUCACAUGCUCAAUAGAACUGAUUAAAUUUAUAAAACAAUUCCUCUCGAAGUGAGGUCUAUAAAUUUGUUGGAAUUCGCGUCUCGCUUAGAUCACCUUAUAGGUCGGUCGAAUCCCUUGCUGCCAUUUGGUGUCCGCGGGUUGCCUAGCGACAAAACUCGAACUUGACGCUUUCCUACGAGCAUCCUAGGUUUGUUUCUCCACAUUUUAAUUUAAAUCGUUUAAAAAUGUUGUUUUUUAAACGGUGGGUUGAGUUGAAAUUUGUUCACACCACUAGCAUAUAUUAAGUAUGUAGCUUCCCUGAGCCCAGUGGCGAGGCUGACGUCCUUCAUGUUAAGAGUUCCGUGUUGCCACUUUUUUCAUCUUGAUUUCCACCGUUUACCUCUCUCCCCUAACUUCGUAAGGUUCUGCGAGACAAGCAUUUCUAUUUUUCGAAUUAAACUGGUACUAUGCACAUUCCCUUUUUGUGGGGGAACAUAUCAAUCAAUUUGCGUGGUCUGCCUCAGGUUUAAAUUGAUUUAUCAUUAUUUUUUACUGAUGAGCGUUAUUUUGUAGGUUGAAAACAACGAGGGACCCGCUGACAAUGAACACGACACUAAUCUGGGCUGCCCCUGUCUCUUUUUCUGUGGCAGCUGCUAUUGCUGCAUUGCUUAG